ACCAUCGGGCCCUUGCGUGCACGAGGUCUGAACAAACUUUCAGUCACAUUCGGCUGUCCGUCCUUCGACCAUGGACACUUUCGUGGUUCUUCCCAAAGAGCUGUUCCUAAGCGUGGAUCGGUCCGCUCCUGAAGACGGCGAUGGGGUCCGUAGUCAUGCGACCGAGCCGCAGCCAUCGCGGCCGUGGGGGUUGAGCGUAUGGACGGCGGUACCACUUCAUGCGGGCACGCGCUUUACUACUACCCAAGGUAUUACGGUCUGUGUCCGAUUAGGAUGCGCCGUAGGAAAUCGACAAUACCCUCAGGUGUGGAGCAAUUUUGGAUGCUACGAAGAAAUUCGGAAGGGCCCAAAGUACUAUGAGCGCCAUUGCAACUGGGUUUGUUUCCUGCGAUCAGUAGACAGCCGAGACCACGCUAACGUUGUAGUGUACAAGAUCAAAGGGAAGCCGGUUUUUGAAGUGAUCGAGUUCGUGCCAGCAUGCAGGCAGCUUAUGGCGUUCUUCCAAGUCACUGAUCAUAGCAUCUGUAGCAUCCUCAGUCCGGACAUCAACCCACCUUGCCAGACAACGAUCGUGCAGUCUACGCGAUCUUCACAUCCGCAAGAUCGCAAUAUCUUGUGGUCAGCGAUACCGUACCGACCAAGUCGAAGUACAGAGGGAUACUCUGGGAGUACCAUAUCUCUGCCCAGCUCUAGGCUGACAAACCCGCUCUGCUACCCCACCAGUGCUCGAGUUGCCGACGUCAGGAAGGAGGUACCGCUGUGGACAUCACCGCGUCGCGGCAAAGAAAGAACAUCGCUGCCGUGCGAAGUUUGCGGCAAAUCGUUCGACAGACCGUCGCUCCUGCGGAGACACAUGAGGACUCAUACGGGUGAGAAGCCACAUAGUUGCAAUGUGUGCGGCAAGGCCUUCAGUACAUCUAGUUCCCUGAACACACACUGUCGUAUUCACUCGGGAGAGAAACCUCACGUCUGCGGUGUUUGCGGGAAAAGAUUUACUGCUAGUUCCAACCUGUACUACCACCGCAUGACACACAGAAAGGACAAACCGCAUAAGUGCACCAUGUGCUGCAAGUCUUUCCCAACUCCUGGCGACCUCCGUAGCCACAUGUUUGUCCACAAUGGCUCUUGGCCCUUCAAAUGCCAGUUCUGCAAUCGAGGAUUCAGCAAGCACACUAACCUGAAGAACCACAUCAUGCUUCAUACAGGGGAGAAGCCUCAUGUUUGUGUUUUAUGUGGGAAGCGAUUUGCCUUGGUCUGCAAUCUGAAAUCGCACUCAAAGACCCAUCAAGGAAGGCAACAUACCACACAGUGUAUGGCCAACAGCAAGCUGCCAUCGUUCAGUGCCUAAACACCAAGAUGCCUUCACUGAGAAAACAUUUUAAUUGCUCAAACUCCCGAGGAAAUAAGUAAGGGUAUCUUGACUACAUUUGUAGAAUGAGACUUGUGCCGUGAAAUGGGUCAGUUCAUUAUCACAACUCACAAAUUGCUUCUUUACAAAGCAAAGGGACAGAAUUUAAGUUUUCAUGAUGCAGUAUAAAUGACACUUUUAUUCAGACUACUUAAUUCUCAUAAACUUUCUCUGAAGAUUUGUGAUUAUAUUUUAACAGAAUCAAAUAAAAAAUGCAUUGAAACACAAAACAUGUUCACUGUAAAAGAUUACCUUUCUAGAAGAUAAAUAUUUUCAGUGUAACUAAUGUACAUGUACUUGGCCAAUGUUAACCCUUCCAAGUGGUCAUAUGUUUUGAUGAGCUACUUUAUGUGGUUUCCCUUAACCACUUUGACUCAAGAUGAUUUGUUUGGCUCAAAAACAUUCUACCACACUUUUAUUGUUGCUUCGGCAUUAUCACACUGUUUUCAGAAGGUACAAAACAGUUAAAGUGAUUACUAGAUUGUUGGGAAACAAGUUACUUUUUCUUUGUUUUCUUUAUUAAAUUUUCUUCUGAAUACGUGUACUUAUAUUUUGUUAAGAGCUGCCCAAGUAAAUGUACAUAACAAAAUCAGACAAAACUAUUGUGUCAUGUUCACAAUGUAUAUAACGGCUUGUUUUUCAAAUAUGGGCAAAUUGAUCAAAUGGCAAGAAAGAAUGUCAUCGUGCAUAUAAAACAGUGAAUUGUGAAUGCUACAUUUUAGAUUAUAGCUACCUGUGGAAACAGUGAAAUUGUAAGCCACUUUCAGAUUAAAUGAACCCCCAUUCUUAGCAACAGGUGGCAGUAGCAGAUCUAGAUUCACUAAAGGACAGAAGGGGCCAUAGGUCGAUCUUUGUAUUCCACUGUGUGUUACAUUUUGAUGAACCAAUAUGUG